CCGGCGCGGAAAGACCGCAUUUCCCAUACUGCUAUGCUAUUUCACUCCCAAUCACUGCAGAGCAGGGCUAUAUUGUUGGCAUUCGUUACCUUCGUCGCGAAAAACCGAACACAGCUAAACCAAAGUGAAGAAGCAAAAGCGCGCGCGUUUUUGUGGGAAACCAUCAACGUGAUUUUCGCUAGUUUUCUUUCAUCUCUCUAGCGAACUCAUCGUGUCUACCCGGGGCUAACGAAUAGCAUGGUGACAAUUUUCGCUCUCCCUGCAGAGCUACAUUUAGAACAUACAGUCGCGUGCUACCAUCGUAUAUUCGAUUUUUCCUGUUUCUUCUUUUCUGGUUAAGUAAAAGUAAAGGUAGAAAAACAAAAUUGGGGUUCGGUUCUUACUUGCAAGAGUGGCGGUUGUUUAUCGGCGUGUUUGCUGUGGUAGCCACGAGUUUUUUAUAUAUGGGUUUAUCCAUUUUCGGUGUGUACGAAUUAUGGAAAAAUAGUCAAUCUGUCGGUGCCUUUACCUAUGGCACUCGUGCCGAGAUUCUGUCUUGUUGUAGGUGGUUGCACAGGUGUGAGACAAGAAAUAACACUGUAUACAAAGUGAUAAGUGAUAAGGAAGAUAGCAGAAUUUUCUCGCGCAGUUUUUUCGUUGGCAACGAAAGAAGCUACAUUACUUGUCGGACUUACUUUCCCGGCUGACGAGGAAUACGUUGCCAGUAGAUUGUUGACUGUGUUCCGAUGUAAACGUGCUACUCAUAGAUUUGACUCGUCCAAGUUUUCGACUAAAGGAUGUGUGUAGCGUAUUUCGUUUAAAGGAUAGUGCUAAGGAAAACAUCGUAUCUACUUCGCACGGGGAAUUAGAUACAUUUUUACAAGCAAGAUGAUGAACGAUAUAGCAAUGUGAGAUGUGAAUAGAAUUUAAAAGUAUUUUGCAAUCCAAUUAUCUGCGCAUUUGAUGAAGACUAGCGGUGAUUUCAUAUUGUGUUUUCUCAAGUGGAGGCGCCUGGUGUUUUGAAUGGUUGGUUUGUGAGAUUAUUCAGUCAACAGCGGAUUAACAAACGACACUAAAAAGUAAACGGUAAAACGAGACGUUCGGAAAAUUAUAAGCUACUGAAUUAAUUGCAUGCAUUUGGCUAUCUGUGUUCGAGCUGUAAAGAUCGUCAUCUGUGUUCAAGUCAGCACCUUUUCACUCAUUUGUCAGUUUGUUAUUGUCAUCAUUCGAGUGUUAUUUUCAAGCUUUAACAACUAUAUUCACGUUGUGUGUAUAACCUAUCAAAACAUAGUCACUAUCGUCAAUAGGCGCACUACGAUGGAGUUCGAAAUUCAAAAUCACAUCGCACAUCUUGGCAAGUUUUCAGUUAGCGCAGACGAGAAUGAUUGUCUACUGGAUGAAGCGUGUACGAUGCUGUCGGAGCUAUUACCGCCUUUGGGCCGCAUUACAACCAAAAUGACGUCGCCCAAUAGCAGUGUAGAGGAGAAAAUCAAAUCCAUCCCUAGCGACGAUUCCAGUGAGAUUGACACGAACAUCUCGAUUGAGUUAAUUACAGAAGACGAUGCUGAAGAUGUGCUGAAACUGCUCAAAAAGUUUUUCUUCAAGGAUGAACCGCUCAAUACAUUUGUGAACCUAGGAGAGUGCAAGGAGUUAGAAAAAUAUUCGAUCAAAUGUCUUCACGAGCAUUGCUCAUUCAAAGCGGUAAAUUCCCGUGGCGAAAUUGUAGGAGUAAACAUCAAUGGUGUAGUCAACAGACCGACAGUCACAGACGAACCUCCACAAAAACUGGCCGAUGGAUGCGAGCAUCCAAAGUUCAGAUUGAUCAUGGCUCUGAUGGACUACGUGGACGAUCAUUUCAAUAUUUUUGACUUAUACCAAGACGUCGAUAGGAUGUUGGAUAUCAAAAUAAUGUCAGUAGACAAUCGCUAUCGUGGAUUGGGGAUUGCUGGCAAGCUUACUGAUCGAACGAUGCAAUGUGUGAAAGAGAGAAACAUCAAAUUAGUGCAUGUUCUGUGUAGUAGUCAUUUCUCAGCUCGUGUGAUGGAGAAAAUAGGCUUCCAGGAGGUUUAUAAGCUACCGUACCGAGAUUACUUGGUUAAUGGAGAACAGGUCUUUGAUCCAGAAGAACCGCAUACAGCGGCUAGAAUUCUGGUGAAAAAGUUUGAGUAAAAUGCUAGUCCAUUUUGCAUACUCAUAUAUGUAUAACUGUUAUCAUUGGUACAUUGUCAUUAGAAUGUCACACCAAAACUGCAGAAACAUGAUUUUUUUUUGUUUUACUUUUUGAAGCACAAAUUUGGUGUAAUGCACAUGUGAUCUUUUUUUUUCGAAUUUUAUUCAAACCAACUCGCAGCAACUUGAUUCAAGUAGCUUAAAGAAGUUUGCGCGAACUAGGCUAUAGGUAGGCCGGUGGGAAGAAGUCGCAAAAAGCAUUUAUAAAUUUAAUGCCCUAAAAAUAUUUUUUAAUUCCGUAGCUAAGCAUUUAUUCACUCAAGUUCAUAACCGUCAAUUAUUAUCUUGUGACAGGCUAAAAAAGUAAAUCAAAAAAGCAGUACUAUAACUAUACGUUGUAUUGUCAAAAUUGUUGUGAUAGCACAUUUAAAAUAAGUCAUCAUAAUUUUACCAAUGUGUCAUGAAACGUACUAAAUAAUUCGAAAUAUGUCGCAGAUAUUUUCUAUGUAAGCAUUUUGAUCAGAAGCACAAUAAUUGUGAAAUAAAUAAAUUGCCUUAUAUUGAAGGGCUAUAGCAAGUCGCA